GCAUGAAAUUAAUAAAUAUUACACUACUUAGUAAGUGAUUUAUUAGUAUAUUUCAAAUUAUUCAAAAUGGCGUUCUCCGUCGCAUCGGGAAGCUUCUAUAUGCCGGCAACGGCAGUAAACGCCGGGCACAGCCGUACUCCGAUGGCCAUCGGAAUUGGACGCGUGUCAGUUGCUAAUUCACGCGCUCCUUUCGUUUGCUUAGCCAGUACCGGUAAAAAGGAGGAAAUUAGUACAGAUAAGGCACCAGCUGCAGUGGGGCCAUAUUCUCAAGGAAUUAAGGCUAAUAAUUUCAUUUAUGUAUCUGGUUCUCUAGGUCUUAUUCCUGAGACUGGAGCACUCAUAUCAGACAAUGUGGAGGAUCAAACAGAACAGGCUCUGAAAAAUAUUGGGGAGAUACUUAAAGCUGGCGGUGUUAGCUAUUCUGCAGCUGUUAAGACAACAAUCAUGUUGGCUGAUCUAGGGGACUUCCAGAAAGUCAAUGCAAUUUAUGCUAAAUAUUUUCCAGAUCCUGCACCAGCACGUUCAACUUUUCAAGCAGCAGGAUUACCCCUGAAUGCAAAAAUUGAAAUUGAUUGCAUAGCAGUAUGUUAAACAGAUUCAAGUCUUCAACUUCCAUGGCAGCUAUGAUUUUAGAUUCAAAUAAAGUUAAAUAAAGGAGAUUUAAGUCUUUAAUUCAGAGUCUCUUGAUACUCUGCUUUAGAUUCAAUCUCCAUUGCUGCAGAGUGCAGCACCAAUAAAUUCUGUAAAAAAGGGCUCUUUCAGUCCACAUAAUAAGAAUUCAUCGAG